AUGGUUUCACGCGUUUUACGAGCUACAGCCUUCGCUGCCUCUUGUUUUGCUCUCCCUGCCAGCGAUGCAUCCGACCUAAAAGUGGAUAUCGAUUGGAACACAGUAUUGAUUGAGUCCAAAACAACAGCCACUUUGCAGUCGGUGGCCAAUCCACCAUUGCUAUCAAACAGCAGUACGCGUGAAAAUGCCCUGGGAUCUCUCAAGUCCGUCGCUGCUGACUACGUCCGCUACGUCCCCUGGUUCCCCUACCCUCGUCUCUCGGUGCCGGAGAUUGACCCGCCUGUCAAAAAUGAGACCCAUUGCUCCACCAACUGGGAUUUCACCUAUGCAGACCAACUACUGUUAGACUUCUUGGCCAACACCCCAAAUGUUUCGCACAUCAUCAAUUUCAGCACCACACCUGACUGGAUGUGGGUGACCGACACUCCCUAUGAGUAUCCGGAAGAUGUCAACACAAUUGACUGGAAUUACAAUAACGGAACUCAACUUCGUGACCCAUCCCUGAAGGAAAUCUCUGAUUACUAUGCACGACUUUUGUCAUGGUAUGUACAGGGUGGUUUCACCGAUGAGUGUGGCGUCUAUCACAAAUCCGGCCAUCAUCUCGACAUUGAGUACUGGGAGAUCUUGAACGAGUCAGACUCCGAGCAUACAAUCAGUCCAGAAUUCUACAAUCAAAUCUACGACGCGGUCACCGCCGCUAUUCACAAAGUCUCACCAAAGACUCAAUUUGUUGGUCUUGCUUUGGCUACACGCAAUGUGACUCGCGUAAAGGACUUCCUCGACCCUACCAAUCACAAGCCUGGCACGCCGUUGGACUGGAUCAGCUAUCAUUUCUAUGCGACUCCAGAUAACUCUACUACUCAGAACGAAGCUGCGCAAAGCUUCCAGAUGGCAGACACAUUCCUUGGGGAAGUAGCCGAAAUCGAGGCUGCUCGGAAGGCGAUCUCGCCGUCGACCCGUACCACCAUUAAUGAGCUGGGCACCAUGGAUCCCCUUGGCUCGACUCUCAUCUAUGAUAACUACACUAUUCCGGAUGAGUACUGGGUCUGGAGUGGAGGUAUCUACGCCUACCUCUUCUCUAAGCUCGCAGUGGCUGGCAUUGACGCUGUCGGGGAGAGCCAAUUGAGCGGUUAUCCCGGCCAAUACCCCUCUGUCUCAAUGAUUUAUUACCAGACUGGUCUUCCAACGGCUCGUCUGCGUGUACUUCAGUUGAUUCAGAAUAGCACUUCGAUUGGUGACAAACUUCUCCAAACUACGAGCGAUGAGACACAAUUUCACGCCCAAGCAUUGGAGGCAGCAGAUGGUACUAAAAAGCUGCUACUAGUGAACAAGCUGGACCAAAACCUCUCCAUAAAAGUUACUGAUUUCCAGAAAGCGACCGCGGAGAUCGUUGAUGUAAGUACCGGAGGUAACCCAUGGCGAACUGAAGAUGUCAAUGGUAGCAUCGAACUCCCUGCAUAUGCCGUGGCUAUCGUUAUCGAGUCUUAA